AUUUUGACAGCUAUUGUUAUCAUUUAACAAUAGCUAUCAAUUGUCAGAAUUUGACUUAUACAAGUUUACAAAAAGUAAAAUAAAGUGAACAAGCAACAAAGUUCAACAUUAUUACAUGCAUAAUUUAUUAAUGCCCCAUUUACAACACUCACUCGGAUGUAGAACGGAUCGCUGAUCGCCAGUCGCGCUUACUUAAACGCACAAAAACUCACAAGAAAUAUUUCGGAUAUAAUUAAAAAUGUCACCCAAAGUGAAAACUGAACAAGGAAUCUUGCAAGGAAAGGAGUGUACAACAUAUUAUGGGAAGAAAUAUUAUAGCUUCGAAGGCAUCCCAUAUGCCAAAGCGCCUGUUGGUAAACUUAGAUUUCGGAAUCCCGAGAAGCCAGAGUCAUGGUCAGGUGUCCGCGUCGCUACCUCUCCCGGUAACAGAUGCAUACAAUUAAAUCCGUACUCAAGUACGCCACUAGAGGGCUCUGAAGACUGCCUGUACCUUAACGUAUACACACCAGUGUUACCACACGAUGAAAUUGAAAAACUACCAGUUAUUUUCUUUGUACACGGUGGUAGACUUAUUUUUGGAUAUGGCGACUACUAUAACCCAGAUUAUUUCCUUCGACAUGAUGUUAUUCUAGUCACAAUCAAUUAUAGAUUAAAUAUACUAGGUUUUGUAUGUUUGAAUAUUCCCGAAGCCCCUGGAAAUGUUGGUUUGAAGGACACAGUUAUGGCUUUACGAUGGGUUAAUAAAAAUAUCAUAAAUUUUAACGGCGACCCGAAUAAUGUGACGGUAUUUGGCGAGAGCGCUGGAGCUGCUGUUGUCAGUUCGUAUUUAACUUCUAAAAUGGCUGAAGGACUAUUUGCAAAAGUCAUUGCGCAAUCUGGGAACUUGUUAUCUGAUUUAUAUAUGAGACACGAAGACCCAAUCGAAAAGGCUAAGAACGUAGCAUCGGUCUUAGGCGAGGAUAUAGAUGAUCCUAAAUCUCUCUACGAAUUUUUAGUUAAUGUUCCUAUAGACGAUUUGAUCUACGCCUUCACUACUACAGAAUUAAACAGACCACCUGGUAUAAUAAAUGCAUAUUUCUUACCAGUUGUAGAGCAAAAAUUCGAUAAUGUCGAACAAUUUUUUACUGAAUACCCUCUGAAAUGUAUCAACGAGAAUCGUCACGCAAAAAUGCCUGUAUUGGCCGGUUGCAAUUCUUUCGAAGCAGCUAUGUUUUUACGGAAGGAUGAUGAUGGAAAAAUACAAUAUGAGACUGAUUUUUAUUAUUUUAUACCUCACAAUUUGUUUAUCGAACGCGACAGCGCUAAAGCCAGAGAUUUCAUUGCAAAGUUGAAAGCUUUCUAUUUGAAUAACCGAGAACCUUCAGAUGAAACGAAAGUAGAGUAUUUGAACAUGGUUUCUGAUUGCUAUUUCCAAAGAGAUGUAUAUUAUUUUAAUGAACUUGUGUCAAAAAGCAAUCCUUUAUAUUUCUUCAAGUUCGAUUUCUUUGGUAAUUUGAAUACCAGAGUCAUCAAAAGUUUGGGCAUUAAAGGUGCUUCCCACGGAGAUAUGAUACAAUAUCAAUUUUAUAGGAAAAACAAAGCUUCUCAAUGUACAGAAAGAGAUCAGAGGAUUAUCGACUUCUUCAGUGAGGCUUGGUGCAAUUUUGCUAAAUAUGGAAUGCCGACAUGGAAGGACCAAAAGGUAAAAUGGCUUCCAUACCAAACAGAAGCAAAACAUACUCUCAUAGUGGACGAACAGAUCAAACUAACCAAGGACGCUGAUCUAGACAGACUUAAGUUUUGUAUCGAAAUGGUUAAAGAAAGGUGUAAAUUAUAAAAUGACUUUCAACAGUUCAAUCCUAAACUCAAUAGUACUUAAGCAAAAGUUACCAAUAUUCGUGCAAUAGUAAUCAAACAUACAAACGCAUACCUCGUCCUAUACUUGUAGGUGUAGGCAGAAGCGCAACUGGUGCAAUAUCGUUUCUGCUGUGCGAAUUCCGUCUCGUGAUGGAUAGGGGCGAGCUUAUCCCCAUAUCGGGCACAAAUUCCCAACUCCGAGCUGAUUAAAUAUUACUAUUCUGCUCGGCCGGGGUCAAACCUAAGACCUCAGCACUGCAGUCGUACCUUAAUACACCUACGCCAUCGAAGUAGUCAGUUAAUCAGUCGACCCAUUGCUAUAGCUAACCAAAAUGCGAUUUUAUCUCUAUAUUGCUAUAUAGAGAUAAAAUCGCAAUUUGGUUACCUUCUCUAAUCCCAUUUUAAUGUAAACCUGGUAAUCCUAAACCCAGGAUGUAUCGGCCUAUAAGCUAUAUACAAUGCUUCUAGGUCAAGAAGAUACACUUUAAAGUCUCUUAAUAGCAUUAAUAUCGGUCACAAGUAACAUUCCUUCAAUAAUUUUCAAUAUUUUUAAUUAUAAUUAAUGGCGACAGAAAAUUUAUAAGUACAUUGUAAUGUGACAAUCUUCCCAGCUUGUUAAGAAAUGCAAUUAGCAUUAAAGUUCUAUCAAAAAUAUUUUACUUCCUAUUAAUAAAUUGUAAUUAACAUAAUAAGUAGGUAAGGAAAGGUUUUUUUAGAAUAGAUAUUAUUUGGUGUGGCCUACAAAAAGUACAUUUGAUGUAUUUAAGAUCUGUGAUAAAUGUGUGUUGGUUACUUAAUAUUUUAUAUAAAGGACUUAAAUAUGGGCAAAGGCAUGUGACAUGUGAUUUCGGUGCUUGAAACUAAGAUUAGAAUUUAUGUUAGGUUAAAUUGGGUGGUAAAGUUUUAUUAUUAUAUAAUUUUUGUGUUUAUAAUACAGGGAACAAAAUAUUUUUGAAUUGAAACAACAUUGAUACUAUACAGAGAAAUUUACAGUCUAAUUUUUAUUAUGUUUAAUAACAAAAAAAAUAUCCGAGCUGCUAUAGAUUUAGCAUAAUAGCCACUAAUGGCUCGUUGUUCAAUCGUCUAUAAUCUCCAUCAAGUAAAUUAUAAUCUGACUAAACACGGAAAAGUGAGACGAAUGAACAAUUUAAUGUAUUUAAACUGUAUUUUUUAAUAUUUACAUUUUGUAAAUAUCCUAUUAAUAACACGUGUUGAUAAAAAUAUCAGUCUGUACUCUUUUUUUAUGAAAUGUCAGAUACAAUAUUCCUAAACUCAUGGUCUCAAUGGUACCGUUUUAAAACUUUGAUGAGUCUCUGGGAUAAAAUUCAUAUUAUUAGAAAUAUUUUUUUAUUAAAUUAAGGUGACUUAAAUUGUUGUGCAAUUGCGGUAUUAUUUAAUAAAUUAUUAAAAAAAAAUAUCAUCAUUUUUGUUCAGUCCAUGAAAAUUGGGCAUUA